GAGUAGCUCAGCAGAACGACUUCGGCAAGGAUUCAGAGGAGCAGUCAAAACCGCUUUCCGCUUUAGGCCAGUACUUUUUGUACAUUUCUUAACAAAAUCUUACAAAAAAAUAGAAAAGAUAAAAAAUUAAUACAAAAAAAUAAAAUAUUUAUAGGGAAGAGCAGGCCGUUCCUAGAACUAAAUUACAGCAGCCACAUCGUAUAUAUGUAUCGUAGCCGGGUCUAUAUAAAACGCCAUUAAUUGCUUACACCUUACCGGAUAUAUAAUAUCCCAUAUAUAUACAAAUAUAUAUGGAUCGCAUUCAGAUCGGCGAUAAGCUCUACUUCCAGAGAAGCGACGGUCGCAUGCAAUCGGUCACCUGCAUAGCCAAGAAUUCGGAACUCGAGCUGAUAACAGGCGAGUGGGAGGAAGGCUCGGUGUCCAAGGGCAAGGACGUGGCUCUAAGCCAGCUUGUGGACAUCAAUCCCCAUAUAUUUGAGGGGGAGGAGGGUAAACCGUCACUGCCGUUACUAUCAAAAUCGUUGGGCAAACUCUGUGCCCCGCGUGCAACAGUUUCUUCGAUUCCAAAAGCUGCCUUCGGAGGAUUAGGCGGAGCAGGAGGUGCCUCAAUGGAGUGCAGCCAGUAUACCUCAGACCGCCCGAGGGUGACCAGCAGACUGGCAGUCCCCAAGAGAUCCCUGAUUCCGAAAAUAGCCGCCGCCAAUCGUACUGCCUCUGCCGGAGCCGCAGCCGGACCCGGAGGCGCCCCCGGUCCCAACACUGCACGCGUCUCCCUGUCCAGUGUCCGCAAUGCCAGUCCAAUCUAUGGACGCAAGUCUGGUAACAAUACAAGCGUUUCGGGGGCCCAGCGCUGCUCCAAUGUAGUGCACGAAGUGAAUCGCAUGAAGGAGGAGCGGGAGCUGCGGCGGGCUCGCCAGGCCGAGCAGCUCCUGGAGAAGGACGCGCUGCGCCGCCAGGAUCCGGGCAAUCCCAACUGGGAGGUGGCCAUCAUGCUGCGUCAAUACCGCGCAACGCUGACCUUCAGUCCGCUGCGAUGCCUGAAUCCCCACGGCGGAGCCGUGCUGCAGAUCACGGUCUGUGUGCGGAAGCGACCGAUGGGGCGGCGGGAGGAGCGCAUGAAGAACAUGGACAUCGUCACGGUGCCCACACGUGAUUCCCUGAUUGUCCACGAGCUGCGCUAUAAGGUGGACCUCACCAAGUUCCUGGAGCACCACAAGUUCCGCUUCGACUAUACCUUCGACGAGGAGUGCUCCAACGCCCUGGUCUACGACCACACAGCUCGGCCCCUGAUCCGGACCAUGUUCGAGGGCGGCAAUGCCACCUGCUUCGCCUAUGGGCAAACGGGGAGCGGCAAGACCCACACGAUGGGCGGCGAAUUCUGCGGCAAGUCGCAGGACUGCAGCAGCGGCAUUUACGCCAUGGCGGCCAGGGAUGUCUUCCAGGAAGUGUCGCGCCCGGAGUACCGCCAGAUAGGCGCCAAGAUCACGUGCAGCUACUUUGAGAUCUACGGCUCCAAGGUGUUUGACCUUCUGCAGUCCGAUAAGCCCCAGCUGCGCGUCCUCGAGGAUGGCCGUCAGCAGGUGGUGGUGGUGGGUCUCAAGGAGAUGCCGGUGACCAAGGUGGACGAUGUCCUCGGCCUGAUCGAGCUGGGCAACAAGAUGCGUACCUCGGGCCAGACCUCGGCGAAUGCCAAGUCGUCGCGCUCCCAUGCCGUUUUCCAGAUGGCCCUCCACCUGCCGGACUCCUGGGGUCCCUACGGCAAGUGCUCGUUCGUGGACCUGGCGGGCAAUGAGCGUGGAGCGGACACGCAGUCGGCGGAUAGACAGACCCGCAUCGAGGGCGCCGAGAUCAACAAGUCGCUGCUGGCCCUCAAGGAGUGCAUUCGGGCGCUGAGCCGCCAGUCCGGUCACCUGCCCUUUCGGGGCUCCAAGCUCACCCAGGUGCUGCGCGACUCCUUUGUGGGUGGCAAGAAGAACAAGACUUGCAUGAUAGCCAUGAUUUCGCCGGCCAUGAACUGCGUGGAGCACACCCUGAACACCCUCCGCUAUGCCGAUCGGGUCAAGGAGCUGGUGGCCAAGGACGAUGACUGCCAGGAAGCACAUGAAGAGAAGUACGAGGAGGACGGACAGCCAUCACCCCGACACCGGGAGCCAGAGAUAUACCAGGAGGAGGAGAACGUGUACGAGGAGGAAGGCGACGACGACUACGACAACAGCCACUGCAUAACCAUAUCGUCGGACGAACCCAGUUACCCCAGCCCCCUCAACAACAACAUCAGCGUCCUAUCCCCAUCCGAUCUGAGCCCCGCCCAGAGUCUGACGCCCCGCAUCAAGAUCCUUGAGGUGGCCAAGCAGCAUGGAGCCAUGAUCAAGAGCCUGGAGCAUUUCGUGCGAAACUUCAAGAAUCUGAAUUCACGAGAGAAUUUCGAAUGCUACGUAAGCAACUUGGAGAAGCCCAUCCAGGAUCUGGCCCACAUGGUGAACACGACCAGGGAGCUGGUGGCCAACUACAAUACCCAGUAUGGCAGCAAGGACCUCGACAUGAAUCGGAAUCCGGAGGAGGGGGACUACUAGCCACCUCAAUAUGUAUCACUGUGUAUAUUUAUAUAUUUCCAAACAAGUCUCCUCCGUUUGACUUCUGUGGAGACCCAGCAGUUAAUGAAAAUUCAGCCGCGAAUCUAGUUUCCUUUUUUCUCACAACUCCUCCAUCGGUGCAGCACUCAAGUUUCACUUGAACUCGCUGAGGUAAAAUAAAAACUUUUACGCGGA